AUGAAGACUGGGUCAAGCUGGAGGACCGUACAGCCGAAGCUAACCGACACGUACCAGAAAGGUGAAUACGCAGGCCCGAUAAGAUGGGAUUCGAAGCACGCCUUGCAGAAGGUCAACGUUAUUCUGACAGCUGCCCAGUAUACACUAGCACCGAGACGAGAGAAAGGCGAGCACGAUGCACAUUAUGCUUGGACCCGACACAACACGAUCAACUGCUGGAACGAAAGGCGAAGGUGUUAUUACUGUGGAUCAAAAAAGCACCAUAAAGCAUUGUGCACAUCUCCCAGAGGCAAUCGAAGAUACUACAAAGAAGUCGAAGAAAUACACCGCGAGCUCGAGAUGUUUGAAGACUUCUACGGACCUUCUUCACAAUGGCUCGCGAGGUGA